AUGCCCAACCCCUGGCCACACGGCGCCAAAUGCGCCAUCUCCUUCACAAUGGACAACCUAGGCGAGGCCCAAGCAGUGCACAACAAGUCCUGGCCAGCAGACAAGCCAACAGGCCAGGACCCCGCGGUCCUCCAGACCCUCCCGCGCAUCCUGGACCUCCUGGCGCAGCAGCACGGCGGCGAGCAAGGCAGAGGCAUCAGGGCGACCUACUUCGCCGAGUCCUGGAGCCUGGGCGUCUACCCGGGCGCCGUGGCGGACCUCCAGCGGCGCGGGCACGAGGUCGCGUGGCACGGGUUCCAGCACGAGCCGUGGCACUCCCUGUCGGCGGCCGAGGAGGAGGACAGCUUCGAGCGGAGCCACGCCGCCGCGACGGAGGCGGCGGUGCCGUACCGGGGGUUCAGGCCGCCUGGGGGGAGGGUCAACGGGGAGAGGACGCUGGACCUGUGCCGGAGGUAUGGUGUCGAGUACGUCUCGCCGCUGGGGGGGUUUGGCGUCCAGGCGGGGGACUCGGGACAGGAUGUGGUGGUGCUGCCGUUUGAGUGGGAGGCUGUGGAUGCUUUUUGGUACAUGGAAAAGUUCGGCGGGAUACGUCUGGAGCACGGGGUCCAGGAGGAGCCGCUUGGCCCCGGGGACUUUCGGGAGUAUUUGUUGCGGCGCAUUGAGGAGGUCAAGGGGGAGGGGGGUUACAUGUCGAUCCUAUUCCACCCCUUCCUGACGACUGAUGAGGCUCGAAUGGCUGUGCUGGAGGAGGUUGUCCGGAAGAUUGGGUCGGAUCAGGAGAUCUGGUGUGCGCCGUGUUCAGAGGUUGCGACGUGGGUCAAGGAUCACAAGGAAAGCUUUGGAUUUGACAAGUGA